UCUACUUCAUACAAUAUACUAGUAAUAUAUCGCAAAGGUAAUACUUUGUAUUAUGAUAACAGUUUAUUAGCUAUAAUAAAGCUAAUACAUCAAAUUUAGUAAACAAGCAUAUGCAAGGUAGUACAAAUUUUUAUUUUAUUUUUUUGUAAUUUUUGUCUAAUAUGGGAAUUGAAUUGUGAUUGAGUCAUUGAAUAUGUCAAAGAUGGUAAACUAUUGAUUUCAAAACCUUUCAAAAAAAAAAAAAAAAAAAAAAAAAUUGAUUUAAAAAAAACAAAAAAAAAUUAUGUUAGCCUCUGUAUUCAUUGACAACCCUUAACCAUCAUAUUUUUGCUAAUUAAAUCCCAAACAUAGUUCAAAAAUUUCUAUCUAAAAAAAGCCAUCAUCAACCCAAAAAAAUUGGCUAAAAUUUUGGACAUUUGCCUUAGUUUGCCAUUUCCAUUCAUCAAAAAUACACAAAACAACAACCAACAUUUCACAAAGCAAAAAUCACCUCCGAUUUUCAAGAGUGAGAAGAAAAGAAAAAAAAAAAAACAGCAAAAAUCUCCUUUUACUUUGAUGUUUUUGAACAACUUUCCUUCAAUUUCUCUUCCUUUUGUUCUGUUUUUUUUCUCCUAGUCUACCCCUUUACCCCCUCCUGGGUUAGGGGGAAUGAUGUUGGACAAGAAGAAAAAACCACUUACCCUUCAUUCCUCCACCCAAACAUUUAUAUCAUCCUUACCAAUCUCUUCUAUGACAAUAUUCGCGCUCCUCCCCCUCGUUCUUCUCCUCUCCCUUCCCAUCUCCACCCUCGCGACGACCCCUGCAGCUACCUUCAGCCCGAAAGAUAACUUCUACAUUGCUUGUGGAAGCAACGAAAAGAUAAGCACCCCGGAUGGAAAGACCUACGAAUCUGACCAAGAUGCUCAUGGGUUCCUUUCCGCGGAGGACAAAUACCUUGUUUCUGACCCUAAUGCAAAUGUACCUUCUAAGAUAUAUUCUUCUGCUAGAGUUUUCUUAAAGGAUGCAACCUACACGUUUACAUUGCAGGACUCGGGUUGGCAUUGGGUUCGCCUUCAUUUCCUCCCCAUUAAGACCGAUGUUUUCAAGCUUGAGUCGGCUAGUUUCAAUGUUUAUACCAAUGAAGUCACCCUACUUCAUAGUUUUAGUGCCACCAACCUCACGAUGAAGGAGUACCUCAUCCAUGUUAAGUCCCAAAGGUUUUCUAUUAGGUUUGAGCCUCAGAAAAACUCGGCUGCUUUUAUCAAUGCCAUUGAGGUGUCUACCGCGCCAGAUAAGUUGAUUGGUGAUUCAGGCCAAUCUUUAUCUCCGGUGGGUCAGUUUCAUGGCCUGAGUCAUAGCUCACUCGAAACCAUGUAUCGAGUCAAUGUGGGUGGAAGCCUAAUCACAGCUGAUAAUGACACCCUUGGUAGAACAUGGGUCAAAGAUGAUGGGUAUAUCAAGAACAAAAAUAUGGCCAAAGAUGUCAAUGUUCAAACCAAUAUCAUCAAGUACCCUAACGGAGUCACCCCUUACAUAGCCCCGCAAACGGUGUAUGCCUCUGCAGCUGAAAUGGCUGAUGCUAACACCAUGGAGCAGAGCUUCAACGUUUCGUGGGAGUUCCCGGUUGAAAAGUCUUACGAUUACUUAGUAAGGCUACAUUUUUGUGACAUUGUUAGUACAGCCCUUAAUGAUUUGUAUUUCAAUGUCUACAUUAAUGGUAAAACUGCUAUUUCUGCGUUAGAUUUAUCAUCAAUAACGGGUAAAUUAGCCACCCCAAACUUCCAAGACAUUGUUGUUGAUUCUUCUUUGGUAGAUCAAGAUAAAGUCUCGGUUCAAAUUGGACCGUCCACUCUUGAUUCCGGUGCUAAAAACGCUAUCCUCAACGGGGUCGAGGUGUUCAAGAUGAACAACACGGUAAGUAGUUUGGAUGGGGAGUUUGGUCCGGAUGGAAAAGCUGCUUUUGCAGGCAAACAUAAGAAAACAGUCGCUGCAGUCGGGUUUGCUAUGAUGUUUGGAGCCUUUGUCGGGUUGGGAGCGAUGGUGAUCAAGUGGCAUAAGAGGCCUCAGGAUUGGCAAAGGAGAAACAGCUUCUCCUCCUGGUUACUUCCUCUUCAUGCAGGGGACUCAACUGUCUUUGGUAAGAGUAAUUAUGGGUCUAAUAAAAGUAGUAUCUUCACCACUGGUGGCCUUGGCCGUAGGUUCACUUUCGACGAGAUUAAGGAAUCCACCAAAAACUUUGCAGCCAGUGGUGUCAUUGGUGUUGGAGGAUUUGGUAAUGUCUACAUUGGAACGUUGGAUGGCACCCAGGUAGCAGUCAAGCGAGGCAACCCUCAUUCAGAGCAAGGUAUCAACGAAUUCAUGACCGAAAUACAGAUGUUGUCCAAGCUUCGCCACAAGCACUUGGUGUCUUUGAUAGGGUAUUGUGACGAGAAUAGUGAGAUGAUCCUGGUGUACGAGUACAUGUCCAAUGGACCUUUACGCGACCACCUCUAUGGAAAGAACAUGCCUCCAUUAUCUUGGAAGCAAAGACUCGAGAUCAGCAUUGGAGCAGCUCGUGGACUUCACUACCUCCACACAGGGUCAGCCCAAGGGAUCAUCCACCGAGAUGUCAAGACAACAAACAUUCUCCUUGACGAAAACUUUGUCGCAAAGAUGGCAGACUUUGGACUAUCCAAGGAUGGUCCAGGCCAACAAGCAGAUCAUGUCAGCACUGCAGUAAAGGGUAGUUUCGGGUAUCUUGAUCCAGAGUAUUUCAGGAAACAACAGCUUACUGACAAAUCAGAUGUGUACUCAUUCGGAGUAGUCUUGCUCGAGGUUUUAUGUGCUCGUCCUGCCAUCAACCCAGCCCUAUCUAGAGAACAAGUGAACCUUGCAGAAUGGGCAAUGAAUUGCAAGAGGAAGGGAAUGCUGGAAAAAAUCCUUGAUCCUGUCUUAGUUGGAUCGAUAAACCCAGAAUCGAUGAAGAAAUUUGCUGAGGCAGCUGAGAAAUGUUUGGCUGAGUAUGGGUGUGACAGGCCUACAAUGGGUGAUGUGCUAUGGAACCUGGAGUACGCCUUGCAAAUUCAAGAGGCAUCGGCGCAAGGAAAGACUGAAGAUGCUUCUACAAACCUGAAUUCUACUGCAGCUUCUGCACCUGUGGCAGUGGAACCAAGCGCUAUCAUUCCUGAGCAGACACAAGCCAUCGAUGAACAAUCUGGAACUGCUCUACUUGCCCAAUUUAGCAACCUCAGUGGAAGAUGAAAAAAAAAAUCUAUUAAUUUUUGGAAAAUUGCAAAUCAAUGCUCAUGUACAGAUGCUUUCGAUGGUGAUGAUGGAGGUGGCUUUGUUUUUAACCGCUGUGUUUUCUCGUAUGUCAAAACAAGUCAAUGGUGUUAUUUAGUGAUGUUAUUAGCUUGUUUUUGCCUAAAAUGAUUAUUUCUCUCAAGCUCUGGCGCGCAGUGUAAACUUACUUGCAGAUAAUAACUUAUUAAUGUUUGUGUUUUCUUCAUGGAUUCAUGUAUAUAUGUCAGAGAUGAGAGGCAAUAGAAAAUUUUUUUGCUUAGAAGGUUUCCAUGUAAACUAGUAGUAACAUUUUUUCAGCUGAAUUAACUUUUUAGUUUCUAUUCACUUCUUAGCUAAUCACUUCAAAUAGAUUAAAUCAGUACUGCAACUCUAAAAAUUGGGCGUGCCCCAGUUCCUCUUCUUGAGAAACAGGGAGCGUUUCUCUAAUGUCAUUUAUGAAAUUAUAAAGCAUUGGGAAUUGUAAAGUAAUAAUACUAUAAUGAAAGGAAGUGCUAACUGUAACAUUCACUCAAGAUGUGGACCGGUUUAGAC